CAAAUUAAAAUGUGAUAUUUAUCUUUAUGUUCAUGUAAGUGCCUGAAAGACUGGUAAGGACCCCAGGCCUUAGUUUGCCUCACACUGCUUUAAGUGAUGCACUGUGAUUGUAUAUUUUAUUAUAUUAGAUGCUCCAGAUAUUCCUGUGAUCUCCAUCAAACCUUCUGGUGAAAUAAUGGAGGGUGAUUCAGUGAAUCUGACCUGCAGCAGUAAAUCAAAUCCACCUGUUCACAACUACACCUGGUUUAAGGAGAAUGAAACAUCAUCUGUUGGAUCUGGACAGACAUAUAGCAUCACUAACAUUAACUCCAGUCACAGUGGAUGGUUUUACUGUGAGGCUCAGAAUGAAGUCGGGUCUCAGAGAUCUGCGGAUGUUUUGGUUAAAGUAAAUCAUAGAGUCCUAGUACCCAGUCAUAGGUCGCUGUUUGAAAUCAUAGCGGCAUGUGGAGGAUUAUUUAUCAUGGCCAUGAUCUUCAUUAUUUUAUUCAUAAUGAGAAAGCAAAGAGUUGCAAAAACUGAAGAUACAGCUCUCAGUCAAGUAAAUCUUCAGGAUAACAUGUACUGCAACGUUUCUGAAUCAGCCCAUUGUGAUGAUGUUCAGCAUGGGAGUGCUGUAUCCAAGAAACCCAAAGCAGAUCAAACAUCUGUAGGAGAAACUCUGGAAUCCAGUAAUCCAGAGGAGAUCCAGUAUGCAUCUUUCCAUCAUCACACAAACAAAGAGUUGAAGAGUUCAGAAGAGAUUGAAAACCCCUAUUGCAAUACUAAAAAUUCCCAACCUGAUGCUGCUGUAAGGUCGGAUGUGGAGAACACUUCUGUGAUCUACAGCAGUGUAAAAUGACCAUCAUGGUGACUUUUGUUGUGUGAAAUGCUAAUUAUCCAACCUUUAUGUAUCAAGUGUAAUAACCAAUUUCAUAUAUAAUUUCUAAGAAUGAUAAAAACCCUGUAUUCUUUAUACUCUUUGGACUGUUAAAGAUCUAUGUUCUUUUAUAUUCCUUAUAAUGUUUUAUACUCCUAGUGUUGCUUUAAUGCAAAGUAUUGUAAUCACUGAGUUGGAAAUAUAUGCAUGACAACUCUUAAAUUGCAGAUACAUUACACUCUUCGACAAAGAAAGAAGAGCUCGGAGAAGAAGAUCAAAGAAACUUUGUUGUAUAUAUAAGAUGUUAGGGACACUCCCCAGAAAAUGUAAGAUCAAAGGAUCAGAGGCGUGCCGUGAGGCCUUAAACUUGAUGUUGGAAUUUGGCCUUGAGACUUUGACUAUAAAUUGAUGCUGCUGCAGAACUUAGAUCUGGAUGCCACUGACAGCAUCUCCGUUGUCUGACAGCCUGAAAUCUUGUGUGCUCUAGACUUAGACUGUAUUUUUGUUCAUUACUUUUUAUCUAAUUUGGUAAUUUUAUUUCUUUUCUUUUUAAUUCAGCAAAACUUGUAAUUGCAAACAACUAAAUAAUAAUUUUUAUAAAAGACAAGAAGAAGUCUGCUAUUGUGAACAAUUAUAUGUGAGUAUGAUCUAAUCCUAGUUGAGAUUCAUACUCUGAUUCUUGAUGUUUGUGGGUCCCCAAUUAUACAGCGGAUAAUUUUUGUCAAAUAAACAUUGAUUAGUA